GUAUACGUUCAGAUUUACAGAGAGAGUUUUGUUUAGUUUUUUUUUUGAUUGCAAAAACGAAUUAAACGCUAACGCCAGGAAAGAGCGUCCAACAAGUUACUUACGAGUCGAUUAGUCGAGGUCGAUAAGAACAUUGCAAAAGCUCAAACCGAAGCUUAUCCGGAGAACAGAACGAUUGAACUUCAGAACUCGAAUCGAACUUUGUCACCAAGUGGAAGUGGGUCUGGUCUGUCUUCUUUAAUACGUUUACGAAUGGAAUGAAAGACGGAAUCAAUAACAGAAGACAACCAACAACACAACACAAUACAACAGAUACUGCCUUAAAAAUUACAACACCGAGAUUGCACAAAUAAUUAGCUGCCUCAAAGAUGGCCGCCAUUGGGGAACGUUUCCAAGCUGCCGUCAAUGUAAUCAAGGGACUGCCCAAGAAUGGUCCCUACCAGCCAAGCACCAGCAUGAUGCUAAAGUUCUACGGCCUCUUCAAGCAGGCCACGGAGGGAGCCUGUGACCACAAGAAGCCUGGCUUCUGGGACGUGGUUGGCAAGGCCAAGUGGGACGCCUGGAACGACAAUCGACACCUGAGCAAGGAGCAGGCAAUGCAGCGCUAUGUUGAGAGUCUGCAGGAGAUUAUCGAGACGAUGUCCUUCACAGAGAACGUGCAAAACUUUGUGGGCAGCCUUGAUGGCCUGGGGAACAUAAAUUUGGACGAACUGGAAUUGGUUUCACCCGGCAUGAGGGAGCUCGCCGAAUCGCAUCCCAACUCUCCGUUCCAUUCGCGCACAAACAGUCCACAGCAUGGAAGCAGCUGCAACGGGGAAUCUGAGCUGGGGACCCCCUUAGCCUCAUCGGAGCCCGCAACGGAGAACGGCGACAAUAUGGUAACCAAUGGACAUAUUGCGCCAUCUCUGAGCAAUGGCUACACGACCAAAUCGGCGAACUACAGCCACAGCGAUAGCCACAACUAUACCAACAACAGCAGCGUUGCCAUUGUGGAGCCCUCGGACGAUGAAUACGACGACCCAUAUGAUCUAAGUCACGAGGUUACCCAGGCUAUUGCCCAGAAUACGGAUCUGCUGCGACAAAUUCAAAUCACAAUCACGCGAAUGAACAACGACGUGGGCGCAGUGCAGCAGCGUGUGCGCAGCCUUGAACAGACAUUGAACGAACUUCGCAAUGGCCAAAAGUCGAGAGCAUCGCAACGGCAACAGCCCGCCUGGUGGCCCUUCAAGAAUAUAUCUCCACUUUGGUUUGCUGUACUCAUUCUGUGGCCCUUUCUCGUGCGCCGAUUUGGACGGCUGCUGCAGACAUCAUCAGGCCGCAGACGCUGACACAGAAGGGUGUUUAGAUUAGAGAGUAUGGCAUGUGGUAGUUAAAUUUUAUUUUUGGUUACGGGCACAAGCUUGGUCUUUGGCUUUCUUCUAUCCUCGAAAGAGCUUCAUCUAUUGUACAGAGUUGGCCUUAUUUCUAAUUUCCUAACCACUGUGGUUAUCCAGUUGCAAUAUCUACUCCUUUUUUUAUAUGUAUGUGUAUUUUAUUGAAUUUGAUGUAUGUAUAUUUAUUUUCUACCUUUAUUGGAACACAUUCCCAUCUAAUUUAGUUUCUAAGACCAAACGAGAAUGUCUUGUGCACUUUCGGCAGGUGUCGGCAGGCGAUGCUUUUGCAAACACUUAAAGCAAAAGCCCGGCAAAAAACCUGGCGUAAAAGGCUGUAAGCGAACAAAUUAUUGUGCAUUAUUUUUAUUGUUAUUAAUUAUAAUUUUUGUAAUAAAGUCAUGUUUUAAAACAG